CGUUAAGCCUUUUCAUUCGUUUUCUGGGAGACAAAGUACCCCAUUUAAGCUCACGCUCUGCUUCUCCCUUUUAUUUGGGUUUUCGAGUCGUGAGCUUUCGGUUUUCUUUAUCAAAACCAUGGCGGUUUCUUCGACUCUUUGCGGUGCUAAAUGGGAGCGUUUGUUGGUCAAUGCUUGUUCGUCGCCCGGGGCAUCUUCUUUGCGGGCGUGCUCUCUUUCUCAGCAGCAAAUGAAGGCUUUUUCCAAGCCUAAUAGUGGAAAGAAAGGUUUGGCGCAGAGGAUUGGUGGAGUUAGAUGUGAAGUUGCUCAAUCUGAAGCCAUUAGCGAAGGCGAAAGAAUCGAUCCCUCCAAGGCUUCUGCGCUCUCCGCUCUUGAACAGCUCAAGACUUCCGCAGCUGACAGAUAUACAAAGGAAAGGAGCAGCAUUGUGGUCAUAGGGCUUAGUAUUCACACUGCACCUGUGGAGAUGCGUGAGAAACUUGCCAUUCCAGAAGCAGAAUGGCCACGAGCCAUUGGAGAAUUAUGUGGUUUGAAUCAUAUUGAAGAGGCUGCUGUUCUUAGCACCUGCAACAGGAUGGAAAUAUAUGUUGUGGCCCUAUCGCAGCAUCGUGGUGUCAAGGAAGUAACUGAAUGGAUGUCAAAGACUAGUGGUAUCCCAGUUUCAGAGAUUUGUGAACACCGGUUUUUGUUGUACAACAAAGAUGCUACACAGCACAUCUUUGAAGUAUCUGCUGGUCUUGAUUCUCUUGUUCUUGGAGAAGGUCAAAUUCUUGCACAAGUUAAACAAGUUGUUAAAGUUGGGCAAGGUGUUGUUGGCUUCGGAAGGAAUGUUAGUGGGCUGUUCAAACAUGCAAUUACUGUUGGGAAACGGGUUAGAACAGAGACUAACAUUGCUGCUGGGGCUGUUUCUGUUAGCUCUGCUGCUGUUGAAUUGGCUUUGAUGAAGCUGCCUGAGUCUUCACAUGCUGCUGCUCGAAUGUUAGUUAUUGGAGCAGGAAAGAUGGGAAAGCUUGUGAUCAAGCACUUGGUGGCAAAAGGUUGCACCAAGAUGGUUGUUGUUAAUAGAAGUGAGGAGAAAGUCUCAGCAAUCCGUGAGGAGAUGAAAGGUGUUGAGAUUAUUUACAGACCCCUUACAGACAUGCUCGCUUGUUCAGCGGAAGCUGAUGUGAUCUUUACUAGUACUGCAUCAGAAACUCCGUUGUUUUUGAAAGAACAUGUCAAGGACCUCCCCCUUGUCAGCUCUGAAGUUGGUGGUUCAAGGCUCUUCGUUGAUAUCUCCGUUCCACGAAAUGUGGGAUCAUGUGUCUCAGAUGUUGGAGGCGCACGACUGUACAAUGUCGAUGACCUGAAGGAGGUUGUAGCUGCUAAUAAAGAGGACCGACUACGAAAAGCAAUGGAAGCUCAGGCCAUUAUUGCUGAGGAAUCAAAACAGUUUGACGCAUGGAGGGAUUCACUUGAAACCGUUCCAACCAUCAAGAAGUUGAGAGCCUAUGCGGAGAGAAUUCGAGCUGCAGAGUUAGAGAAAUGCUUAUCAAAGAUGGGGGAAGAUAUCCCAAAGAAGUCAAGGAAGGCAGUGGAUGAUCUCAGCCGUGGAAUUGUGAACAAACUUCUCCAUGGUCCAAUGCAGCACCUGAGAUGUGAUGGCAGUGACAGUCGAACUCUAAGUGAGACCCUUGAGAACAUGUAUGCACUUAACAGAAUGUUCGGCCUCGAGACAGAUAUAUCUCUUCUAGAACAGAAAAUUCGAGCCAAGGUGGAACAAAGCAAAAAGUAGGUGUCGAUGUAGAAUAUCCAACUUCCUAAUGGUCAAAUAAGAGGGUUACUUCCUCAGGGUGUUAUGAGUUUUCAUCUGCUGUAGUUGUCGAUUCAAAGUUCUUGUGGGGUAUAUUUCAAUUCAUUAAUUUGUGUAAUUUAGACUCUUUUGUGUUUGAAUCUCAUUUGAUCUUCACACUCAGACGACAUGCUUGUUGGUGGUCUUUUGGCUGUGGUGUGCACAGUGUGAAGUGAGCUUGAUCCGUGUCACAUUCAUCUGUAGAAUGUAUGAUAUCUAUUUGAACAAUAUCAAGCAUUGUAACUAAUCGCCACUUAUUUUAAUA